AGAGCCCAUAUGGGAAAACCUCUGAUUGGCUUGAUUUCGGCUUCGCGAAAUCCUAUUGGCCAAGAGGCUUUAGAGGAAAAUCUCUGAUUGGCUCGAUUUCGGCUUCGCCAAACCUCAUUGACUAAGAGCCCAUAUGGCAAAAUCUCUGAUUGGUUCGAUUUCCACUUCGCUAAAUCCCAUUGGUUAAGAACCCAUAUGGGAAAAUCUCUGAUUGGUUCGAUUUCGACUUCGCGAAAUCUCAUUGGCUAAGAGCCCAUAUGAGAAAACCUCUGAUUGGCUCGAUUUCGUCUCAGCGAAAUCUCAUUGGCUAAGAGCCCAUAUGGGAAAACCUCUGAUUGGCUCGAUUUCGUCUCAGCGAAAUCUCGUUGGCUAAGAGCCCAUAUGGGAAAACCUCUGAUUGGCUUGAUUUCGGCUUCGCGGAAUCCUAUUGGCCAAGAGGCUAUAGAGGAAAACCUCUGAUUGGCUCGAUUUCGGCUUCGCCAAAUCUCAUUAGCUAAGAGGCCAUAUGGGAAAAUCUCUCAUUGGCUCAAUUUCGUCUCCGCGAGAUCUCAUUGGCUAAGAGCCCAUAUGUGAAGACUUCGGAUUGGCUUGAUUUCAGGUUCGCGAAAUCUCAUUGGCCAAGAGCCUAUAGGAGAAAACCUGUAAUUGGUUGGAUUUCGGCUUCGUGAAAUCUCAUUGGCUAAGAGCCUAUAUGGGAAAACCUCUGAUUGGGUCGAUUUCGGCUCCGCCAAAUCGCAUUGGCUAAGAGCCCAUAUCGAAAAACCUCUGAUUAGCUCUAUUUUGCAUCCGCGAAAUUCUAUUGGCUAAGAGCCCAUAUCGGAAAAAUGUCUGAUUGGCUGGAUUUGCUCGACGCGCAAUCUCAUUGGUUGAUAGCCCAUCUCGAAAAACCUCUGGUGAGACUGGAAGUCAAUUUUUGUGUAUAUUUUCACAAGGAACUCCUCUGAAGGUUAAAAAAACAUUUUUCCGUUCUGUGCGAACGAACGAACGAAGUUACGAACGUAGUUACGAACGAAGUUACGAACAGACAAACCUAACUCGGUGUAUGACCCUCCUUUCAGUAGAGGGAAUAAAGGCAAUGUCUGAACGUUAUUUAUUCAUUAUUGAUUCGAUAGGUAGUACAAUUCACUUUGAAUAUGUACUUUUCCUAAAGCGUUCAUUUCAUUCAAACGACAUCUAGCAACUCAUUAUUUCAAUUGAAUGUAUAGAAAAAGUUUCCAUUCAAUAUCGAGAAAACAAUGGAAUAUAUGAUAACUUUUUUUCCUUUGUUUUCAGAAAACUUACACUUAUUGAACACAUUUCGAUAUUUUACCAAUCCAUAUCUUUCUAUUUUAUUUUUUUUAGAUUUUCUUUCAUUAUCCACAAAAGUGUUUUUUUUAAUGGACGAAGAAAAUCUCGAUUCGUUCAAAAAAUUAUUGUUUGAUAAUGCUCUUGGUAAUAUAAGUAAUAUCUAUUUGCACUUUAUAUCUUUUUGGCUCCCAUACUAUCUUUUUUAGAGUCAUCACCACAUACAGGUAAACAACGUCGAUGGCGUGCGAAGAAAAAAGAUCAACAUCAUCGUACUCAAUUAUCUCUACAUCGUUUACUAGUUGAACAAAUGGUAAAUAACUUAUUUUAAUCGAGCUAGCUCAACAUACAACGAUGAUGAAGUUUGAAAAAAUAAGUAUUUUUUUUUUUGAUAAUGAAAAUUUUGUUUUUUUUGUGUUAAAAAGCUGAAACUGCUUUAAUAACAUGUGAAAUUAAAAGUAUUUUUUUGUUUUUUUUACAUUUUUUUGUACACGGUGUGCAAAACUUAUAAUAAAAUGAUAUGAAAAAGAAAGUAAUAAUAACCUACAAAAGGCUUCUUUAAUGUGACCAGAAUCAGCCAAGAAACACAAGAAAUAAGAAACAGACAAGAAUCUAAGAAAAAAAGAAUUAGGCAAGAGCAUCAAGAAGAAUAAGAAUCAGACAAGAAUUCAUGAAAAGCAAGAAUCAGGCAAGAAGACAAGAGUAUAAGAAUCUUGUCUGGAGAAGAACUUCUUGCCUCACCAGCCAAGAUUCGGUCUACACGAAUCUUGUCAGAAAGGCAAGAUCAGUUUUUUCAGGCAAGAAUCUUGUAUAGAAGGAAUGGAAAAAGAAUCUUGUCUGAAAACCAAGAAAAACAAGAACCUGGAAAGAAUAGGGCAAGAUCGUCGAUUAGUGAUGUUUUCAUUCUUAUAAAUAUUUGUUUUCUCUCUAUUUUAGUUUUCCAUCAGAAUAUAUUGGUACAUUAACAAGUGUUAUGUGGACUUUAGUUGGUGUUAUUGCUACUGUUCAAUGUGAUUUAAUUCAAUUAACAGAUGAUAUAUUUCGUUCAUGGAGAGCAUGGUUAAUUGUAUUAUCACUUGUUAUAUUGAUGUCAUGUCAUUUAAUUCAACUAUGGUGGAAAUAUGUACGAGAGUUAAGAAAAAAACCAAUGCCAACUGUUGAAAUAAGUAACAUCAUCAAAUUUUGA